AUGGAACCGGCUGAUACGCCUUCCGUCGCCGCCGUCAAUUUGCAAGCAGCGGAAGACGCGAUUGGCUCAACCGCGGAUAUUUUCCAACCGCAAUCGCAAACGCAAGUCGAUUCGUUGCCAGUUGCCGGAUCUUCCGAUGAUGUUGUUGUCUCGGAGAUACCGUCAGAUGAUGAUUUUGACCACGAGAGAAGAAAUAGCAGCGAGGAUCAUCGCGAUCAGGAUCAGGUCGAGAAUCUGGGUGAGACCGACGUUGUUGUUGUUCCCAUCGAUGAGUUGAAGCAGAAGAUCAUUAGACAGGUUGAAUACUACUUUAGUGACGAGAAUUUGCCUACUGACAAAUUUCUUCUGAAUGCUAUGAAGAAAACCAAAAAAGGCUUUGUUCCCAUAUCUACCAUUGCUACAUUCCAUAAAAUGAAGAAGCUUACUCGAGACCAUGCUUUGAUUGUAUCAGCCUUAAAGGAGUCGUCAUUUCUUGUUGUUAGCCAGGAUGGGAAGAAGGUGAAGCGUCUGAGUCCUCUUCCUGAGGUCAGGGAUCCAAAGAUUUUCACUGUUUUGGUAGAAAAUUUGCCAGAGGAUCAUUCAGACGAAAAUAUUCGGGAGAUUUUUGGUAAAGCUGGAAGCAUUAAAAGUAUAUCUGUAUGUGAUCCAAAUGCUGCUGAAGAAUCAGAGAAGGGUUGUAAGAAGGACAAAUUCAUCAGAACCAGAUUACAUGCCUUUGUGGAAUAUGAAACAGUGGAGGCAGCUGAAAAGGCGGCAUCUACAUUGAACGAUGAGCAAGACUGGCGAAAUGGGUUGCGAGUUAAGCUUCUCGAACAAACAGGAAAGUUUGCACAGAGAAGACCAGCUAGGAAGGAAGUCGAUAUAGAGAAGGACAAGACAGGCGGAGUUCAUGAUCGAACUGGAGGAGAGGAGAACAAAAAGGCAAAUGAACAUCAGCAUCACCGUCACCAACAUUCUGAUACUCUGGCUGAUGAGGAUGGGGGCCAUAAAAAUGGGAACAAAGGCAGAGGUCGGGGACGGGGAACACGGCAGAAUCAUCAAGGUGGAAACGGUAUUGGUACUUGUUUUAGAGUAAAUCCACUUGUUGCAACGAAGUAA